AUGUUACAAUUAUACAAAAAUGAUAUUUUAUUUACAUCAAAAAAAUCUAUAUUUCCCAUAUAUUUAAGAAAUAUAUUUAUAAGUAAAUGUAAAUUAGCUCCAAAGGUAAAAUCUGGAAAAAAGGGACAAGAUAAAAAAGAUACAGAAAAUAUAACAGAAAGUAGUGAAAAAGCUCACGUUUUUAAUAUUUAUAAUACAGUUGAAAAAGAUCAUGAAAUAUUACCUGACUAUGCAUAUCCUAAAUGGCUAUGGAAGUUAGAAAAACCUUUGAAAAGUUAUGGCGAGUUAGCUUUAAUGUUUUUAUAUGGCAAGGAUAUUGAAAAUGCUACUGCUGAAGAUUAUCAUCGUUUUCGUAGAUUACAUAAUAAAAAUUUAAUUAAAUUGAAUAAUUUAAGAUUAAAAAAGUCAAAAAGAUCAACAGUAAAACCAAUUUUCUGGGAUCUUUAA